AAUGAUUAAAAAAAACAAGAAAAUCACACGAGGUUUUCGUCUUUCAGACCAAGAAGAAGCGCGAGCGAGAGAGGGAGAAAGAAAGCAGACGAAAGAAAUAUAGCGCAGAAGAGAUAGAAAUAGCAACGGAAAGAGGCAUAUAGAGAAAAUACUUUCAUUUUCUUUAGCUCUUAUUUUCUCGCGAUCAGUCUUUAGUAGAAAGUUUAUCUUCUGAAACAAUUCGCAGCUUUCGCAGAGAAGAUAUCGUCGCCGAUCUGCUGACUACGCUCAUCAAUUUUCCUGGUGAUUUUCUGGUUCUUUUCUGGACAUUGGAAUUGGAGGCAAAGAGAAUUGAAUCGGUUUCGCAGUGAUGAGCAUCAACAGGCCCGGCAGAGGGAAAAGCUAGGGUUUGAGGGUGUUUUUCGCUUUUUCUCAAAACAGCAAAAGUGGAGGAUUUCCAUGGGCGAUGGAGGUGUGGCAUGCAUGUCUUUGCAGCAACAGCAGCAACAUAAUAGCAUCAUGGAGAGGUUCCCAAUGUCAGAUAAAGCCAUUUGCGUAAGCAAUAGCAACAACAAGACUAAUAAUAACAAUGCUACAAAUAACAACAGCAGCAGCAACAAUAAUGAUACCAACAAUGGCAACAACAAUAACAAGGAUACCAACAACAGCAGUAACAAAAAAAAUGGGGUCACCUCCAAGAUAGUUAAAAAGAAGAUAGUGAAGAUAAAAAAGAUUGUUUCUGUGAAGAAAAAAGAGGUGCAGAAGAAUAGUGGUAGCAAUAAUAAUAAGGCGGUUGGAAAUGGGGGUGGUAGUGGUGGUGCCGGUGGAGGGGAUAGUGUUAGUGUUGAUAAAGAUAAGGUGAAAGGUGAGGAAGUUGAAGAGGGUGAGUUGGGUACGUUGAAGUGGGAAAAUGGUGAGUUUGUGCAACCAGAGAAAUCACAGUCACAAUCACAGUCGCAGUCACAGGUGCAGUCACAGGUGCAGGCACAGGUGCAGGCACAGUUCCAGUCGCAGUUGCAAUCACAAUCGAAGAGAGGUGAAACUGAGAAGGGAGAAAUUAUUGUUUCCACUUCAAAAUGCCGGAGAGGAGAGACUGAAAAGGGAGAAUUUGGCUUGUGGAAAGGCAACAAAGAUGAUGUUGAGAAAUGUGAAUUCAUUCCUGAUAGAUGGCAUAAAGGAGAAGUGGUUAAAGAUGACUAUGGUUACAGCAAGUCUCGGAGAUAUGAUUCGAAGUUGGAGCGUACACCACCAUAUGGGAAGUACUCAAGUGAAGAUGCUUAUAGAAGGAAAGAGUUCGAAAGAAGCGGUAAUCAGCAUAGCAAGAAUUCUACCAGGUGGGAGACUGGUCAAGAUAGGAACAUAAGGAUCAGUUCCAAGAUUGUGGAUGAUGAAGUUUUUUUUAAGGGUGAGUACAGCAAUGGAAAAAAUCAUGGAAGAGAGUACUCUUCUGGAAAUAGGUUGAAACGGCAUGGUGCUGAUUCUGAUAGUUGUGAGCGGAAGUAUUAUGUGGAUUAUGGAGAUUUUGCAUCUUCGAAAAGUAGAAGGCUUUCAGAUGAUUAUAACACUCGUGCCAUUCACUCAGAGCACUAUUCACGCCAUUCCGUGGAGAGGUUUUAUAAGAAUUCUUCAUCAUCAAGGGUGUCUUCAUCGGACAAGUAUUCAUCCAGGUAUCACGAAUCUUCUUCAUCUUCCAGAGUGGUUUAUGAUAGGCAUGGACGAAGCCCAUGUCAUUCUGAGCGGUCACCUCGUGAAAGGGGUAGGUAUUAUGAUUACCGGGAUAGAAGCCCUGGUCGUCGUGAUAGAUCUCCUCAUACUCGGGAUAGGUCCCCAUAUACUAGGGAUAAAUCCCCUUAUGCCCGAGAUAGAUCUCCUUAUGCCAGAGAGAAAUCUCCAUAUGCUCAUGAGAAGUCACCAUAUGUUCGUGAGAAAUCCCCAUAUGAUCGAAACCGCCACUAUGAUCAUAGAACCCGAAGUCCUAUUAAUGCAGAUCGGUCCCCACAGGAUCGAGCUCGGCUCCAUGAUCGCAGGGAUCGGACACCAAACUAUUUGGAGCGGUCCCCACUUGAUCGGAAUAGGCCCAAUAAUCACCGAGAAGCAAAUCGCAAAAGUGGAGCUAGUGAGAAACGCAACUCUCAGUUUGAUAAUAAAGGGCCGGAGGAUAAGCUGGGCCAAAAGGAUAGUACUGUACUGUCCUCUCAUUCAUCUGCAAAAGAAUCCCAAGAUAACAUCAAUGUGGAAGAUCUUAAAGUUCCUGAUGAGAAAAAUGCCAAAUGUGAGUCUCACAAAGAAGAGCCAUCCCUGAGUUCUAAUGGAAAUUGCAGAGAAUCUCCACAUGUUGAUGGACUUCCGCCUGAAGAGCUGCUUUCUAUGGAGGAAGACAUGGAUAUAAGUGACACACCACCCCAUGUCCCUACUGUGGUUGAUUCAUCCGCUGGGAAAUGGUUUUACCUUGAUCAUUAUGGCUUUGAAUGUGGACCUUCAAAGUUAUGUGAUCUUAAGGAACUUGUGGAGGAAGGAGUUCUUGCAUCAGAUCACUUUGUCAAACAUUUGGAUAGUGAUCGGUGGGUAACUGUGGAAAAUGCAGUUUCGCCUUUGGUCACUGUCAAUUUCUCAUCUGUUGUAUCAGAUGCUGUAACUCAACUAGUCAGCCCUCCAGAAGCUCCUGGUAAUCUAUUGGCAGAUACAGGAGAUAUCAUGCAACCAAGAGGUGAGGAAUUCCAGCUCUCUGUUUGUGCCCCAGAUGACAGCGCAUCUGUGCCUGAAUCUAUCAAAGAUCUAAACAUUGAUGUGAGAAUUGGAGCUCUCUUAGAGGGAUUUACUCUCAUUCCUGGCAAGGAAAUUGAGACACUCGGAGAAAUCUUGCAAACGGUGUUUGAACCAGUGGAAUGGCAAAACUGUGGAGGAUUCACUUUGCACGGAGCUUGUAUAGGGGAUCAAGAACAAAAUGAUCAAAAAACAGAGGAGUUAUCUAAAUUUUCUGACAGCAAGUUGAAAGAAGCUGCAGAAUUCAGGUUAGGUGUUAUUGACAAAGAUACUGGGCUUGCCUGUUUUGACAUUGAUGACUGGUUUUCUGGUCGAUGGUCAUGCAAAGGUGGGGACUGGAAGAGGAAUGAUGAUGCUGGCCAAGAUAAAAUUUCCAGAAAGAAGCUUGUUCUAAAUGAUGGUUUCUCACUGUGCCAUAUGCCGAAGUCUGGGUUUGAGGAUCCUCGAUGGCCUCAUAAGGAUGAUUUGUAUUAUCCUUCGCACAGCAGAAGGCUUGACCUUCCUCUUUGGGCAUUUUCCUGCUUAGAUGAAAGGAAUGAUGGUAGUAGUGUAAACAGAGCAACUCAGACAAAACCUGCUGUAGUAAGGGGAGUGAAGGGAACCAUGCUUCCAGUUGUCAGGAUAAAUGCUUGUGUGGUCAAUGACCAUGGUUCAUUUGUCUCUGAGCCUCGCUUAAAAGUUCGAGGGAAAGAGAGGUGCUCAUCAAAGUCUGCUCGGCCAUACUCCUCAGCUAGUGAUGCUAGGAGAUCAUCGGUAGAAAGUGUUUUUCAAUCAAAAACUGUUAAUGAUUCAGAUUUACAGUGCUCUUGGAAGAGUGUUGCAUCUAUAAAUACCCCAAAAGACCGAGUUUGCACUGUUGAAGACUUGCAGCUGCAUUUGGGUGAGUGGUACUACCUUGAUGGUACAGGGCAUGAACGAGGGCCAAGCUCAUUUUCAGAGCUACAGGUUUUGGUUGAUCAAGGUGUCAUUCAAAAACAUAUCAGUGUUUUCAGGAAAUUUGAUAAAGUUUGGGUUCCAAUUACCUCUGCUGUCGAGACGUCUGAAUCUGCAAGUGGGAUUCAGCAGGAGCAUGUAACUCCAUCAAGUCAUUCUUCAGGGCAUUCUAUUACACAGUCUCAGGGUGUAUCCCUUCAUGAAAGUGAAAGUUCUGUGAAUUCCAGUUCCUUCCACGGCAUGCAUCCACAGUACAUUGGUUAUACCUGUGGGAAACUACAUGAAUUGGUGAUGAAGUCCUACCGGAGCCGUGAGUUUGCAGCAGCCAUAAAUGAAGUUUUAGAUCCUUGGAUCAAUGCAAAGCAACCAAAGAAGGAGACAGAGAAGCACCUAUAUCGGAUAUCAGAGGGUGAUGCACGUGCUGGAAAAAGAGCUCGCCUGUUGGUUGAUGAAAGUGAAGAAGAUGAUGAAAUGGAAGAUGUGCUGACAAUUCAAGAUGAGUCCACCUUUGAGGACUUAUGUGGUGAUGCUUCAUUCCCUAGGGAAGAGAGUGCAGGUUCUGAAACUGAGUCAGGGAGCUGGGGCUUAUUGGAUGGUCAUAUGCUGGCACGCAUUUUUCACUUUUUGAGAUCUGACAUUAAGUCUCUUACUAUAGCUUCUUUAACUUGUAAACAGUGGAGAGCUGCUGCCAGAUUUUAUAAGGAUAUUUCUAGACAAGUUGACUUAUCAUCUGUAGGUCCUAACUGCACUGACUCAGCUAUUGGGAUCAUCUUGGUAAGUGUGAAUGGUUAUAACAAAGAAAAGUUAAAUUCUAUGGUUCUAGUUGGUUGCACAAAUGUUACUUCUGGCAUGCUUGAAGAGGUUCUUCGCUCAUUUCCUUGUUUAUCUUAUAUAGAUAUUAGAGGCUGUAGUCAGUUUGGUGAUUUGGCCCACAAAUUUCCAAAUAUGAAUUGGCUUAAGAGUCAAAAUUCACAUGGUACCAAGAUAUCCAACGAGUCGCAUUCCAAAAUAAGGAGUCUCAAACAGAUUACCGAGAAGAACUCAUCAGUUUCCAAAACUAAGGGUCUGGGUGGUGAUAUGGAUGAUUUUAGUGAACUUAAAGAUUAUUUUGAGAGUGUGGAUAAGAGAGACUCAGCCAAUCAAUUGUUCCGUCGAAGUUUGUACCAAAGGUCAAAAGUGUUUGAUGCUAGGAAGUCAUCGUCCAUUGUAUCUAGGGAUGCUAGGAUGAGGAGGUGGGCCAUCAAGAAAUCUGAAAAUGGAUAUAAGAGGAUGGAGGAAUUCCUUGCUUUGAGUUUGAAGGACAUAAUGAAGGAGAAUACCUUUGAUUUCUUUGUGCCCAAGGUUGCAGAAAUUGAGGAAAAAAUGAAAAACGGAUAUUAUAGCGGCCACGGUUUGAGCUCUGUCAAGGAUGAUAUCAGUCGAAUGUGCAGGGAUGCAAUAAAAGCAAAGAAUCGUGGUGGUGCCAGGGAUAUGAAUCAUAUUAUCACAUUAUUCAUCCAGCUUGCUACACAUUUGGAACAGGGUGCUAGGUCUUCUUACUAUGAAAGGGAGGAGAUGAUGAAGUUCUGGAAAGAUGAGUCACACUCUGGGUUUUCUUCUGCUUCAUCAAAGUAUAAAAGAAAGCUCAGUAAAUCUGAAAGGAAGUACAUGAAUAGGAGCAAUGGUUCUUACUUUGCGAAUGGUGAUUUUGAUUAUGGAGAAUAUGCAUCUGAUCGAGAAAUCAGAAAACGUUUGUCCAAGUUGAACCGAAAAUCAAUGGACUCAGGCAGUGAAACUUCUGAUGACAUUGAUAGAUCUUCUGAAGAUGGCAAGGGUGACAGUGAGAGUACAGUGUCAGAUACAGAUAGUGAUUCUGAUUUCAGGUCAGAAGGUCGAGCUGGGGAGUCUAGAGGAGAUGGAUAUUUUACAGCUGAUGAGGGUUUAUCUUCCAUUACUGAUGAUCGUGAAUGGGGUGCUCGCAUGACAAAAGCUAGCCUGGUUCCUCCUGUUACUAGGAAAUAUGAGGUCAUUGAUCAGUAUGUUAUUGUGGCAGAUGAGGAAGAUGUGAAACGGAAGAUGAGGGUUUCUUUGCCAGAGGACUAUGUUGAGAAGCUUAAUGCACAGAAAAAUGGCAGCGAGGAGUUGGAUAUGGAACUUCCUGAAGUCAAGGAUUACAAACCGAGAAAACAGCUUGGAGAUCAGGUUUUAGAACAAGAAGUGUAUGGAAUUGAUCCAUAUACUCAUAAUCUUUUACUUGAUUCUAUGCCUGAGGAAUUGGAUUGGUCUCUCAAUGAUAAGCACAUGUUUAUAGAAGAUGUGCUCCUUCGAACCUUGAAUAAGCAAGUUAGGCAUUAUACAGGCUCUGGGAACACUCCAAUGAUGUAUCAUCUGCUGCCUGUUGUUGAAGAAAUUGAAAAAGUUGCUGAGGAGGACUGUGAUGUGCGAACAAUGAAAAUCUGUCAAGGUAUCCUGAAGGCCAUUGAUAGUCGUCUUGAUGACAAAUAUGUUGCUUAUCGAAAGGGUCUUGGUGUUGUUUGCAACAAAGAUGGCGGGUUUGGAGAAGAUGAUUUUGUUGUGGAGUUUCUUGGAGAGGUCUACCCUGUAUGGAAAUGGUUUGAGAAGCAAGAUGGGAUACGAUCUUUGCAGAAAAACAAGACUGAUCCAGCCCCAGAAUUUUAUAACAUUUAUCUUGAGAGGCCAAAGGGUGAUGGUGAUGGAUAUGAUUUAGUUGUUGUUGAUGCCAUGCAUAAGGCAAACUAUGCAAGCCGUAUAUGUCACUCAUGCCGACCUAAUUGUGAAGCGAAAGUUACUGCUGUAGAUGGUCAGUACCAGAUUGGAAUAUAUACAGUACGUGAAAUUCAGUAUGGUGAAGAGAUCACAUUCGAUUAUAAUUCUGUUACAGAGAGUAAGGAGGAAUAUGAAGCCUCUGUCUGUUUAUGUGGAAGUCAGGUUUGUCGGGGCAGCUACUUGAAUCUGACAGGUGAAGGGGCUUUUGAGAAGGUACUUGAGGAGUUGCAUGGAUUGCUGGAUCGCCAUCAACUUAUGCUUGAAGCUUGUGAAUUGAAUUCAGUAACUGAAGAGGACUACCUUGAUUUGGGGAGGGCAGGUUUAGGCAAUUGUUUGCUUGGCGGAUUGCCAAGUUGGGUUGUUGCCUAUUCGGCUCGCCUGGUGAGAUUCAUAAAUCUUGAAAGAACAAAGCUUCCAGAGGAAAUCUUAAAGCAUAAUUUGGAAGAGAAAAGGAAAUAUUUUUCAGAAAUAUGUCUUGAGGUUGAAAAGAGUGAUGCGGAGGUUCAGGCUGAAGGUGUCUACAACCAGAGACUUCAGAAUUUGGCUGUUACCCUUGACAAGGUGAGGUAUGUUAUGAGAUGUGUGUUUGGUGACCCAAAGAAGGCCCCACCACCACUGGAGAAGCUUAGUCCUGAAGAGACCGUAUCUUUUCUCUGGAAGGGAGAGGGUUCACUCGUUGAGGAACUUCUUGAGUGCAUGGCUCCUCAUGUGGAAGUAGAGAUACUAAAUGAUCUCAAGUCCAAGAUUCACGCACAUGAUCCCUCAGAUUCUGAUGAUAUUCAGAAAGAACUUCAGAAAUCUUUAUUAUGGUUGAGGGAUGAGGUCCGAAAUCUUCCGUGCACAUACAAGUGUCGGCAUGAUGCUGCAGCUGAUUUGAUCCAUAUUUAUGCUUACACAAAGUGCUUCUUUAGAGUUCGGGAAUACAAAGCUUUUACGUCGCCACCAGUUUAUAUUAGCCCUCUGGACUUGGGCCCCAAGUACACAGAUAAGUUGGGUACAGGUUUGCAAGAGUAUCGGAAGACAUAUGGAGAAAAUUAUUGUUUGGGGCAACUGAUAUUUUGGCACAUCCAGUCAAAUACUGACCCAGAUUGUAGCCUUGCUAGAGGGAGUCGGGGCUGUUUGUCUCUACCUGAGAUUGGUUCUUUUUAUGCCAAGGUUCAGAAGCCAUCACGGCAACGUGUUUAUGGCCCAAGGACCGUAAGGUUUAUGCUGUCAUGGAUGGAGAAGCACCCUCAAAGACCGUGGCCCAAGGACCGCAUAUGGUCAUUCAAGAGAUCUCCGCAAGUAUAUGGGAGCCCAAUGCUAGAUGCGAUUUUGAAGGGUUGUCCGUUGGACAGGGAGAUGGUUCAUUGGCUGAAGCACAGACCUGCCGUUUAUCAGGCCAUGUGGGAUCGAUGAAAGUUUUGUUGGGAUAUUAAUGUUUUGGAAUUAUUUUUUCAAUAUUUGUUGGCAGCUGCCACUAUUUGACGCGGGAGUUGGCUAAUCAGCGCAUGCGGUUGCUUGCGCUCUCGCUGUUAUCUUAUUCUUCUGUACAGUUCUUUCGUCUUUGUAUUUUGUAAUUCAUUCUGGUAGUGGUAGAGCAUUUCUUUUUCA